AUGGUGGCUGACAGCAGAUACAUCGUGCGUCCUGCCGGAAGCACUCAAGGAUUUGUGCGGUGGCGUUCACUGGCAGGGAUUCGGUGGCUGCUUCUGCCGAUCGUGCUGGGAUGCUGCAUUACGAUAGCCUGCGGUGCCAUGGAGGAAAUGAUGAUAGCACCCAUAGAGGUGAUCGAAGAGUGGGGCUGCUACGACACCGAAAUACGGCUGACGUGCGGAAAUCUCGAGUCGAAAAUAGCGAUCCUUGAGGCCCGGUUCACUCCACGCUGUCUGGAGGAGCGCUCCGAGAAUUGCGUCUACGUGGACGAGCACAGCAUCGCCCACCCGUACGCGUCCCAGAAGGUUGACAAGCUCGUGCUGGAAGAAACGGAAGCAGGCCGGCGCUUCCUGGCCACGUUGCGACGAAGCCACGAAAAAGAGCUGGAAGCAGCCUCACACGAACCGGGAGCCCGUGAACUGACGUCGGAUCGUCGCGGCACCGCAGGCAGUUCCACCGUGGCCGCUCGGUCCCUCGUCAAGGACAAACGCAGUUCGCUGCGGGCCACUCUCGAGCAUCUGCUGGUGCGCUAUCUGCGCCGACUAACAAGUGGUGACGAUGACGGUACCGACGAGCCUGGCGGCUACGAAGUGGCCGCUCGCUACCGAAGACAGUCACCGGCGGUGAUGGAACCGGAUGGCGUGGGAAUGCCGGCACCGGACGAUACAAACCCGGCCACUACCGAGUCGACGCCACCACCCGGUGGUUUCUCUAACUCGAUGGAAAUCACGCUGCUCACCAACGACACCGACACGAACCUGACGGAACCGAUUUGGGAUGAGCCUGGUGCGUCCGGCUGGCAGGCUCCCGAUCAGCCGCCGGAUGUCGCGCCAGGAUAUGGAUCUUCCGGACCGUCGGCUUCCGGGCUUGUCAGUGCAGUGGGUCCGCGUGCCGAGGACGCAAGUGACGAUCGCCAGGAUGGUGAUGGAACCGGUGACUCGGUGGUGGGUGAACUGAGACAGGAUGUGAAACCCGUGGAAGGCCGGAAUGGAGGCGAAUGUGGCAGCGUGCGGAAGCGGGUGUCGCAGUUGGACCGCUUCGAGCUGGAACGGUCGAUGCGCAACGGUUCGUUCCGAGAGUACAACAUCCGGAAUGCACUCAACUACCGCUGUUCCGGGAAGAACCACUGCAGCUUCAUCUUCUCGCAGGAUCACCCGUUCGCGGUCGUCUGGAAGGAGGGCACGGUGCGCAUCAAGUACAUCUGCAUGGACGAUUUCCGUAUCAGCAAGUACUGCGGUGAGCAUCUGAUCGUGGGCAACGAGGUCCACUGGGAGCCCCUGGACGGUGACAGCGAGGAGGACUCGACCGACAGCGCCGAUGAAUCGUACCGUGCCGGGUAUGGGCCCGGAACUGGGCCGGUUGUUACCGGAAGCCCUGCACACUCCUGGAGGCGGUCGGCGAGCGAACCGUCAACCGAUGGGAUCGCUAAUGGAUCCGCUAAUGAUGCGGCCGGGCCCGCCUCGUACAACGAACCGUCCGGGGAACCCAACGACGGUGCCGAGGAUCUGCGGGAUGACUCGUCGGCGGCACUAGUCCGAGAGGUGCUGGAACGUGGCUAUGCUGAGGGUGGAUCCCAAUACCGACGGUUGGUACGGGCCGGUGCGUCCAGUGGUGGUGAGCCACGAGCCGAAGCCCUGCAGGGAGCCACGGUGCAUUCGUUUCACAACUUGAAAAUUCUCAAGCCUGUCGACGACGUUGAUUCACUUCUCGAGCAGGAGCAGCAACAGCACCAUCAGCAUCAGCAGCAGCAUCAGCAGCAACAACACAACGACACGGAUCGCAGCCCGGAUGCGGAAGCGACCCGCAACCGGAACCGCCAGCGGCAGAAAGUUUUCUCCCAGGACUUUCGCGUGCUUAAAAUUCUACCAAGCAAUCUGGACGUCGUGGAAGACAUCAAGCAGAUUGGUAACGAGUAUUACUUCAAAAAGGACGUCGAGGUCGUGGUGGACGACAGCGAGAACGAGAUCGUCGAGGGUGACGGUGCUGGUGGUAAAAGUCGCGAAGAAACCCAACCGGUGGUGAACUACACCACCGGGACGACGAGCGACGGAAAUGGAAUGACUGAAACGCUGGACAUCGUAGUGCUUCCCGCCCCAACGAAGGACAUCGAAAUUUACGACAACGAGCUCUUGCCACCGGACGUACCGGCGAGCGUCCAGCCGGAUGAUGAUAUCAGUGUAAUUGGUUUGAUAACGCCUACACGCGGGACGGCCACUCCGUACACCUCAUCGAAUGUGGUGACCACACCGGAGGAGUCACCGAUCCGCAGCACCGGAAGCAGCAGCAGCACGCCGUCGACGAGCAGCGUUGAAACGACACUCGGCCACUGGGAUAUCGAUCGGCUCGAUCUACCGUUACCGGCGGAAGAAAGUGACCCGUUGGUGGAGGAAAACCCACCAAACCGGACCAGACUCGCGGGGGACGAUUCCGAUGGUGAGAGUACGCCACCGUUCAGCUUCAAUAACCGAACAUUCCAGACGAUCCAGGAUACGGUGCGACAGGAGUUUGAGGAAAACCAGGGCCCGUACCCUCCGUUAGGUAAUUACGACGAGGACGAAACGGAGGACGACUUCGACGAUGAGGACGACGGUGCCGGAGAAGAGUUCGAAUCAUGGCGGUACGGUCCGGACGGACGGCCCGUUAAAUCGCACAAAAAGUACAUGAGCGUGCAGCGGACGUUGCUGAAGCAUCCGCUUCGCCAAGGAUUCCUUAUGACGCCCAGCUAUCCGAAGUAUUACAUCGGGGACAGCACUUGCCGGUGGACCUUGUACGCUGGGGUGCAUCAAAGGAUUAAGCUCACCGUGCUGGACCUGGCGCUGCGCUCUGACGACGAGUGUCGAGAUUAUCUGCAAGUGGUCGAUCUCAACACGAACCAGACGCUUUUCCACAGCUGCACCGAGAGCAGUCGACCGAUCGAGAUCGUCAGCAUUCAGGAGCGGCUCGAGGUUUCCGUACGGACGACUACCAAAGUAAUCUAUCCCAAGCGGGGAGUGUUGAUACAUUACACAGCACUGGGAUGUGAAGUCCCGACGCCGACGCCCGGCCACAUGCGGUUGGUGCGAAGAACCGAACAUCGAGCGAAGUACGUCUGUGAUCCACUCCACGUCUUUCCGGACAACGGUGAAAGCAUCCGUGAGCUAAUCUGUACAGCGCGACACACGUGGAACCGUCCACUGCCUGCCUGCAUCGAAAAGCGAGCUACCGAAGGAAGCGGUCUAGUAUCACACUACGAGCAAAAGCGCAAGUACGGUGACAUCGACAGCAUGUCGGACAAACAGGCGGACACUGUUUAUGAUAUCCUCAUCCCAUCGCUCAUCAUCGCGGGCCUGUUCAUUGUUAAUGGCAUCGUGUUUGCGGUCAUCAUGCGGUAUCGCAACAAGCGGAAGCAGCGCCUUGAUCUAGAGAGUAAGGAAAUGGCCGAAUUGUAGGGUGCAAGCCCUUCCCAUUCCCACACCAUCGUUCAUCGUCUUCAUCGCACAAGCUCCUCUACUCCAUGCUCACUUGCUUGGCGUGCACGUCGUCAAACCGUUUGGCCACACGCCCUCGAUGGUGCAUGUUCUCCUCGCAGCAUCCCGUGAGCCAUCAUCCUUUUCGUUCCGUUAAAGGGCGGUUGUAAACACCGCAGCAGCAACAACAAAAAAAAAACAGAAAUGCGCGCCUCCCCCAUCGAGUGGUCUAAUCUAAUCCUUCUCUCAUCGACGGCCAUUACACCUUCCAUUCAUCGAAAAAAGUGGGAAGGCAUUUUCUGCUGCCCUUUGCGUGUUCUAGUCGUUGUGUAAAGCCCUACCACGUGUUGUAAACGGUGUUUUGUUUGCGUCUGUUCAGCUCGCGAAUGAAGAAAUCCGCCCGCCCGCCCACCCAAGCAUCAACCGGAAGUCCCGAUGGUGCCGGACGUGCCAUUAGGAAGUAGGCAGCGCUUUUUACGUGUAUUGUUUUCGGGGCCGGCCUGCGGCUUGGCGGUUGUGCCGGUUUGUUAAUGCUUUAGCAUUGUAAGCGAGAGAAGCAAUGGGGUACCCGAAUGGUUCAUUCUCAUCGUAGGGGUGUAGUACUGUCGAAGUUAAGCAAAACAACAACAAAAAAUAGUGCAUUGUAAGUCAUAUUUGCCCGCAUCGAACAGCACGUUGCGGUGCAGGGAAAGAGAAACAAAAAGUAAAUAACAACAAAAAAAAAAGACAAAACAAAACCAAAUAACUACAAUUACUUGAUAUGAGCUGUUUAACAAUUGUGCACUGAAGAAUAAACCUUUUACUGCACGCUUUUACAAGCUUUUUUUCCGAGACCGUUUACUAGACAGGAAAGCGAAUUGAGAUAUGGCAGCGUCGGUGGCAAAGGACGAGAAGGAGUCGAGCGAAGGACGGUGCGAUGGACCGAAGCUAGGAACCGGUGGCGUGGGCGUUGUUGUACAGGAAUUUAGGAACGAACGUGCUGGAAAUCGCAAACCAGUAAAGGAACAAGUACCGUAAAUUGUGAGGUUUAUUGAAUGUACACAGCAUAAACCGAAGAGAACCGACGUAAAGACUGUAACGUGAUGAGGAAAAUAUGUAGACAAAUCCUGGCUCAAGCAGCGCUGGUGAAGGUGCACCGAUGCAAGUGACCGAUGACCGACGACACGUCGGACGGUACCGAUGCACCGGGAAGAGCUUUUGUGUUGUUAUUGUUCGGCAAACGGGAAAUGUGUGAAGAAAAUGCGAAACUAUGUGUCGCUUUUUUCUUUUGCUGACAACCAAACCCGCUUGACCAUGCGUCUGCGUGGGGGAAUUAUUGCUUUUACCGCUCGCUGUUUGUGGAGGAAGUUUGUCGAAGCGCACAGACGAGCCGUAAGGACAUCACGGUGUCUCUCAUCCAGGAGGGAACCGGUACUAGCUGAGUUAUAUUAGUAACAUUUUGGCGACCGAAAGGCGUGCAACCAGUUCACCUAAAACGAAAGCAAAUUAUCCAACUCAAUUAAUGCUCUGCACGCGCGCGCUGCGUAAAAAGGAAAGCUGAUAGCCGAAACGAUUAUAUACAUUAGACGUAAACGUGAAACCACCGCCUAGAAGUGGCUUUCGGUGCUAGGGAAACGCUGCCGCGGGGCCGGGGGCAUGAUCAAUUGCUAUGCCAAAGAUUAGAGAUAAAAACGCCGGUAGAAAGGCAGAUGCAGCGCCACACCAAAAGCCAAGCAGCAUCCAGCUAUACAUCCGGUGAUUUGCUUGCAAUGGGGUGCUGUUUAAAGCAGGAAGGCGUGAUGUUUACUCCCGCCGACCGCUGGUGAGUCAGUGGACAAACAUUUUCUAAAAGGAGGACCAAACCUAUCAGGACACUCUCCACAGCUAAUCGGGACGGUUAAUUUGGAUCGCCGGGUGCAUGUGUGCGUGUGUGACUUUUCCUUUCGCUUUGUAGCGUUCGUUUUUUUUUUUGUUAUCAUUCGUUUGCCCACCGCAAGGACUCCGAGCCCCAGGCGGCGAUGCAUAUCAACACUACUCUUCAGGCUUGUAUGCGACACGAUGUGAUAGUAGGUGGAGGACAUGAUGCUGACAUUAACAAAGGCAACACACGACAUACAGAAAAACCAAAUAUAAACAUAUUUUGCUAUACUGCAUUUAUAUUUCCUUCCCUUGCCGCGUCGAUCGACCACGGUACCCGAGUGAAAAAUUUAUCGCUAGAGCGUGGUUAAGUUGACCGCACCGAAUGCAUUCUAUUCCAGCUAAUAGUUACAUAUAUAUAUGGCAUGUAUGCGAAUGCAAAAAACCCACGUACAGAUACACACACACACACGCGUACACCAUCCCACAAACAUUGUAUAAGGGACAUCUCACAAAAAGGGAUUAAUAAUCGAUUUUGAAUUUUGCUUCAUUGCGAGGGAGAAAUGUGGGUGGGAAAAUAUGAAUAUAUAUAUACCUUAAUGCCGUGGGUCGCAUGGGAUGGAGAGAAGAAAAAAAACAAGUACUAGCUCCAGCUGUCCAGCAAAGGCGCUAACUGUGAAUCAAUUACCAUGAAAUGAAGCCAGGUCACAAAACACACAUCUACAAAAAAACUUCCUCGAAAGCAAGUGAUCAAGUCUGUAAAAAAAGGGGGCAAAGAAAAGUAAAAUAAAAUUAAACAAUUAAACAA